AUGGUGUUACGAAAGAUCAAUCAAUCUAAUGGUGAAGAGGAAGGCAAAGAAAUCCAUACCGCAGAGUCGGUCAGGUCACCAGCCAGGUCGUCGGGCAGCCGGCAUGAGAGUAAAACUCAUGCCAGAAACCGCAAGAAGCACCAGGCCCAGAAAGCGCGACGAAAGCUCUACAAACAGACGCAAAAGCGCCGUCGUAACGGUGACGACCACGUCGCCCACCCAGACUCCAACGACGACGACCCUAACUCCCCCGUUUGCUAUGAAGCGUCUGCAGUGAAGACUUCCGGUUCCCCCUCCACCGGAGCCUCUCAAGCACAUCCACAGAGCAAAGAGCCACUCCACUUCCCCGAUUCCACUCCCCCCCUCAUUUCUCACUUGUCCAAAACCAACGCAGCAAAAGACAAGCUGCCUGCAGCUGCAGAGGGGUCGACGAUGGGAGGCUCCGUUUCCGCCUUCGAGAAGGAGCAAGAGACAGCGGAGUCUCGACUUUUCGCCCUUCUCGAGGAAGGGGCUGACCACGUAUCCAACAGUGGAGUCAGUUCAAGUGCUUUGUCUAGCCCUACGGCUUCUCCGAAAACCGAAGGAUCCAGUUAUCGUCGCAAAAAGAAUGGAAAAAGAAGUAGAGGCAAACGCGAGACUCGCGCUGCGGCGGGGGAUGAAGCCUACAAAGUAGAAGGACCACCUCGAGAUGAUCCUCAUUUGAACGAGGACGCGUUGCAAGAGGAAGCAGUUCCUAACACUGACCUACCCAGCUCAGAUGCGCAGACCACUGGAGCUCAGCAAGCUUCCCAUAUGGUUGUGCCAACUGCAGCACUUCAACCACUUUUAAUUGACAAGUCGACUCAGAAAAAGCAUCAUUUGAGAGUUGUGAGUUCUCUCAAAUUGCCCAGGUCUACGGCUGCGGCAUCAAUGGGUGGAUUCUCGCAUGGCGCUUCAUUUCCCGCGCCUGACUUAUCCAAGACACCUGGUCGCAAUCCCAUUCCGCCAUCGGCUGGUGACCCGAAAGGCAAAGCCUCGGGCAAAAAGCGUGACCUGGCAAUCACGGCAUCAGCAGUCGGAACCUCGCAGAAUGAUUCAUCUUCUGUGACUGGCUUGUCCAAAAUGCUCAGCAGUAAUAUCGCCGCUGUAGAAGCCAGCAGCCCGAAGGAUGGAAGCAUUCCCAGUGCAGGAAUUGCCAGCAUGCUCGUGUCUCCGAAGAUUGUGAUAUCAAAACCAGAAGAAGACACCCGGCGCGACAUUGCAGAAACUCCCGAUAUGCCAAAUUAUCAUGACUCUUCAAGCUCUCAAGACCAAGUGGCGUCUUCGCGGACUGCAGUGCCCUCGGGCAAGGGAAUUGACAGAGAGCUAUCGCUCUACUCUACCGCAUCAAUUCCUUCGUCUAGUGGAUACUCCAUGACUUCUAUCCAGUCAGAGUCGCCCUACUCUACCGCACCAACUCCGUCGUCGAGUGGAUACUCCAUGACUUCUAUCCAGUCAGAGUCACCCUACUCUACCGAACCAACUCCGUCGUCCAGUGGAUAUUCCAUGAUCUCCAGCACGUCCGCGACUGGGCAAAACACUCCUACCCAGAAGGGUCCUGUUUUCUGGGAUAUCACUACCGAAGGGUUUCCGUGUGCCAAAUCAGGCUGUGAUAAGACAUGUGCCCAAUGGGACGGUCAAUCUUGCAUUUGCCCUGCUUGUGGGCCUUUGUCAAAGAUCAGAUAUUGCAAAAAGGAACACCUGCGUGAAGCCGUGCGGGAACAUUGGCCAGUCUGCGGCUACUACCCGUUCCAACGCCAUAUCAAAAAAUCCUCAAUCCAGGAUGAAGUCAUGGCCGGACCGCCCAUGAUCCCGGCUAUUGAAGAGAGUACUUCCCUUGAGCGUCAUCGCCAGGCAUUGUGGCUCAGCACUGCUCUGUCAGAAGGUGAUUAUUUUAUCUUCAAUGACCGAGCCGAGCGAAUCAGGAUGAGCCUAGCAGUAGGACAUCCGGAUGUGCGAUGCACAGGAAAGCUCCUGUUGGCCGUUCAAUGGUCCAGCCCAGCAGAACAGGACAGAUUCCGCCGACUCCUUGCGGUGAGCCUUUUUGCCUCUGAGGAAUCCGAUCACAUAAUGAGCUACCUCUACAAAAUGAUCCGUGACAACCUUCUUAGUCAAGGAUCAUGGACACGCGAGGUGGAGGCGAACUUAUGGGAGCAGUUAUGGCUGGAGACCGAGGUGGACUUUCAGAGAGGUCUCACACACGCUUGCAUCACCGAGUGGACUGGUGCUCCUCCGCGUAACUGCCCGGAUUCAUCCUGCGUCGCUGAACGCGAGAAAAUGAUCAUUGAUUAUGGCAUUCAGUCAGGCUUUGAACAGCUUUGCCAAUUCAUGGAGUCACAGUAUUGGAUCCUGCGCGCCAAUCGAGUCACGCACCCCACCUGCAAAAGCAUUGAAGGUCGGAUCCUAGGGGAAGGAUAUGGUGAUUGGGUUGCUGUGCAGGACCGACGUCUUUUUCGUCGCGGUGAGGGUUGGGAUGGGGUUGGAACCGGUCCGAUGGAGCAUGAAGGCCGGAACUGA